CCCUAUAAGCUAACUGUUUCGUUCUGUCAUCAACCUUCACGUCGUCAUUUCUAAGGGAACCAAAAAAUGAUGAAUCCCUCGUCAACUCUCACUCCUUCUUCUCAACGCCCUUUCCUCAUUCCUUUACCUCUCUCACUCUCUUCAUCCACCAAACGACACCGUUUUAAACUCUCAUUCCCUCGUUGCUCUUCUUCUUCUUCUUCUUCUUCGUCAUCUUCCGUUCCCUCACAAGUCCCCAAAGACCUCACCGGAGUUGAACUUCUCGUCGAUAAACUACCACCGACUCUUCGUCUCGCUACUUCUGCUGUAGUCGUUGCUGGCGCCGUAGCCGCCGGGUUUAGCCUCGGCUCCAAGUUUGGUGGAAGUCGAAAUGCCGCUGUUGGAGGAGCCGUUGCUUUGGGUGUGGCUGGUGGUGCUGCUGUGUAUGCUUUGAAUGCGGCUGCUCCUCAAGUUGCGGCUGUGAAUUUGCAUAACUAUGUUGCUGGUCUUGAUGAUCCUUCUUUGUUGAAGAACGAAGACAUUGGUGGAAUCGCCAAGAGGUAUGGUGUGAAAAAGGAGGAUGAGGUAUUUAAAGCAGAGAUUUGUGAUAUAUAUGGCCAGUUUGUGUCAUCUGUACUUCCUCCUGGUGGUGAGGAACUUAAAGGUGAUGAGGCUGAUAGGAUCAUCAGCUUCAAGAAUUCUUUAGGAAUUGAUGAUCCAGAUGCAGCUGCUAUGCAUAUAGAGGUUGGUAGGAAAAUUUUCAGGCUUAGGCUUGAAGUUGGGGAUCGUGAAGCGGAUAUUGAGCAGCGCAGGGCAUUUCAGAAGUUGGUAUUUGUAUCAUAUCUCGUUUUUGGGGAAGCAUCAUCUUUCCUUCUACCUUGGAAGCGUGUUUUCCAGUUCACUGAUUCACAGGUUGAAGUAGCAAUUCGUGACAGUGCCCAGCGAUUGUAUGCUUCCAAGCUGAAAUCUGUUGGCAGAGAUAUUGAUGCUGAACAACUUGUUGCCCUUAGAGAAGCUCAACGCUUUUAUCGACUAUCUGAUCAGCUGGCUGAAAACUUGUUCAAGAAGCAUACGAGGAAAUUGAUUGAGGAAAAUAUUUCAGCAGCACUUGAUAUACUUAAAUCCCGCACAAGAGCUGUUACUGGAGUUAUCCAAGUGAUAGAGGAGCUUGAUAAGAUAUUGGCAUUCAAUAAUCUACUUAUCACCCUAAAGAACCAUGCGGAUGUGGAUCUCUUUGCCCGAGGUGUUGGCCCAGUUUCUUUGCUGGGUGGUAAUUAUGAUGCUGAUAGAAAGAUAGAAGACUUAAAACUUCUUUACAGAGCAUAUGUUACAAAUGCUUUGGCUGGUGGUCGCAUGGAAGAUAAUAAGCUUGCUGCACUGAAUCAGUUCAGGAAUAUAUUUGGGUUGGGUAAACGUGAAGCAGAAAACAUUACAAUUGAUGUUACAUCCAAAAUAUAUCGCAAACACCUUGCAAAGGCCGUUUCAGGUGGUGAAUUAGAAAUGGCAGAUAGCAAAGCAGUAUUCCUUCAAAAGUUGUGUGAUGCAUUGAACUUUGAUCCUCAAAAGGCCUGUAAAAUUCAUGAAGAAAUUUACCGCCAAAAGCUUCAGCACUUGGUGGCUGAUGGAGAGCUCAGUGAGGAGGGUGCUGCUGCUUUGUUGAGGUUGCGUGUAAUGCUCUGUAUUCCUCAACACACUGUUGAAGCAGCUCACUCUGAUAUCUGUGGCAGUUUGUUUGGAAAGGUUGUCAUGGAAGCAAUUGCAUCAGGGGUUGAUGGAUAUGAUGCUGAAAUGAAGAAGUCAGUAAGAAAGGCAGCACAUGGUUUGCAACUAACCAGGGAAAUUGCUAUGUCUAUUGCAAGCAAGGCCGUAAGGAAGAUGUUUAUUACAUACAUACAACGUGCACGAGAUGCUGAAAAUUCUAAGGACUCGGCAAAGGAACUCAAGAAGCUGAUAGCUUUCAACACUUUGGUUGUGACCGAGCUGGUUAAGGACAUUAAAGGGGAGUCAGCUGAUGUAUCAACUGAAGAGGAGGAUGUGGUGAUAGAAACUGAAGAUGAAGAAUGGGAUUCUCUUCCAUCACUGAAGAAAACAAAUCCAGAUAAAGAACUUCUAGAAAAGUUGGGGAAGCCUGGUCAGACUGAAAUUACUCUUAAAGAUGACCUUCCAGAAAGAGAUAGGACUGAUCUUUACAAGACAUACUUGCUUUAUUGCCUAACUGGUGAUGCGACGAAGAUUCCAUUUGGUGCCCAGAUCACUAAAAAGAAGGACGAUUCAGAAUAUCUUCUUCUAAACCAGCUUGGUGGGAUUCUCGGUUUGAGUAGUAAAGAAAUAGUGGAAGUACAUAGAAGUCUUGCAGAGAAAGCUUUCAGGCAACAAGCUGAGGUAAUUUUAGCUGAUGCACAGUUGACAAAGGCCAGGGUGGAGCAGCUUAAUGAUCUGCAAAAGCAAGUUGGCUUACCGGAAGAAUAUGCUGAGAAGAUAAUUAAGAGUAUAACCACUACCAAAAUGGCAGCUGCCAUUGAAACUGCAGUGACCCAAGGACGGCUGAAUAUUAAGCAGAUAAGAGAACUUAAGGAAUCUGGUGUUAAUUUAGACAAUUUGGUGUCAAAGAAUAUGAGAGAGUUGCUCUUUAAGAAAACUGUUGGUGAUAUUUUCUCAUCAGGCACUGGAGAGUUCGAGGAGGAGGAAGUAUAUGAAAAUAUCCCAGCAGAUCUCAACAUUAGUAAAGAGAAAUCUAGAGUUGUUGUCCGGGAGCUUGCACAAACUAGGUUAUCAAAUUCGUUCAUUCAGGCUGUGGCACUAUUAAGACAGGGAAAUCGCAGAGGAGUGGUUUCUUCACUCAAUGAUGUGCUGGCUUGUGACAAAGCAGUUCCCUCACGACCACUAUCAUGGGAAUUGCCAGAGGAGCUUGCUGAUCUUUAUACCAUAUACAUGAAGCGUAAUCCAACUCCAGAAAAAUUGACUCGUAUGCAGUAUUUGUUGGGCAUAAAUGAUUCAACAGCAGCUGCUCUUCGGGAGAUGGGAGAUAGAUUAAUCAAUUCUGCAGUGGAGGAAGAAGAGUUUGUGUUCUGAGUUUUGUAACAAUAAUUGUUAAUAGACGUAGGAACGCAUGGCGACCAAUUUUGAUUUGUGAUUUUGUUUAAAGGAGUGAGAUAGUGAGAACGGCAUCACAGUUAGAGAUUCUUGGGAAAUAGAUGAGAGAAGAUUUAUACUUACUGUUGGAAUUUCAGAUAGCUAAUUUAUAUCGAAAUCAUUCAAUUUAUUAAGUCAAUGUUCUGAAACAAUAAUAAUUAUUGGUGUAUGUUUAAUAGUAA